AACAAACAUGAGACAGAAAUUCAAGACAGAGGAGACAUGUCACUGAGGGGAAGUGAUCAACAGGAAGUACACUCCACAUUGCACUUUUUACUAAGAACCGAGAAGCAGAGGAGAGAAAGAAGAAGAAUGGAUGAAAUCAAACGGAUUCAAAUGUCUUUACUGCUACUGGUGCUGAUUCCAUUUACAGUGCUCACUGUCCAAUCUUCCUACAUCUUCAUCAGAGCUGGAGCUGAAGUCACUUUGUCUUGUGACAAGAUGAGAGAUGAUCAUGUGAACUGUGGAGCUACUGAGUGGCUCUUCAUUGAUUCAGAGAGGACUAGAGCAGUAGACCUGUUUGUAAACAGGCAGCUCCACACAUCUGUGAUUUCCAAAUCUAAAGCAGACAGACUACGUCUUGCUGCAAACUGUUCUCUGGUUAUUAGGGAGGUCACAGCUGAAGAUGCUGGUCAUUACACCUGCAGACAGUUUGACCUGACAACACAAACAUAUAAAGAUCAUAAUGUUUAUCUCUCUGUUGUCAACGUGACUGAGCAGAAGAGAAGUGAUGAGGUGACGUUGAGCUGCUCUGUGUCCACAUGUAGAAGCUGUGACCUCACAGUGAAGUGGCUGUUUAUGAAUGAAGAUGUGACUGAAAACAACAAAGACCUGAAGACAUCACAGUCUAACUGCUCGGCCAAAGUGAGCUUCUCAAAAUCCCAUUUUGUUCACAAGAUGAAGAACUAUAGCUCAUUAACAUGUGAAGUGAAGCAUCUUGACAAAGAGGAAAAGUUUUCCUUCAUCCCUCCGUCAUCAGAAGGAAAGAACGAACCAGCUCCAGGAAACAAAGAGAUGACAACAGACUGGUGGUGGUACAUUCGUCUGGUUGUGGGUUUUGCCUCGAUCGUGGUAUUGGUUGUGAUUCUCAUCAGAUGGAGAAGAAACAAGAUCCAGGGUGGUGAUGUUGCAGUGGCCUUCAGCACUGUGGAAGCUCCCUCCUCUUCUACUGGACCCUCAGCUGAUCCCAGCAGCCUCUAUGCCAACGUCACAUUCAUACAAUAGCAGAGUUUCAUUUGACUUUGAUAUUUCUAUGUCAGGAAUCAUUUGUUACAACUUUCUGCUGUGAAAACAAAGUCACUCUAAUAAUGUGAUUCUCAUUAGAUAGAAAAGAAACUAAGGUGGGAACAUUCCCAGAUGAAACUUUGAUUUAGUUUAAACCACUGCCAAGGCCCGACAGUCUGUGAAGAUUUAUAUAAAACUCACUUUUAUCGUGUGGACUGGAUUUAACCAGUUUUCAGCCAUUUUAUUGAUUCUUGAAGUUUGUCAUUUGGAAUAUUUUAUUCUGUAUCUUCAUGUUCUUCUGAUCCAGCUGUUAUUCUUAUACAUUACAAUGGUGACGUGUUAUUUGAUAGAACAUUGUUCUUUCUGGAUUCUUCCUGUUCUGGGUUUGAACCCUCAUGGUUGAUGUUCUUAUUGUAAUUCACUUUGGAUAAAAGCCUCAGCUAAAUGAAAUGUAAGGAAAUGUAAUGUAUGAUGAUAUGAUAUGAAUGAUUGUUUAUGAACCAAUGUGUUGUAAAAAGCGUUUUGCCCAGAGUGCCAGAAGGGGGAGCUGUAGGUUAAGUUACUGCUGCAAUGUUUAAGUAAUACUAAUAAUCAUAAGAUGGUUUAUCUUCAUAUAGAUAUCGUACGUUUAGCUUGAUGAGCCGAAUGUUAUAGACAUGUUAGUGUUUCAUGCUGUGAUGUAGAUACUGCAGGUUGAUUCUUCCAGGUUUGAGUUGAGAGACUUUUUAAAUGAUGUUGAUUUACAUGCAACAAGAUGAACCUUCCCCCCUCAGUCAAUAUCAGUAUUCAUAAGAAUUUUCAGUGCUUUUAUUAAACGGGAUGUCCUGCAGGUUCCACAUCUCUGA